CGCGUUGAAUAUAUGGGUCCGCAUUCCCUCACAGGGCCAUUGAACACCUAUCCCCUUUCCUCCUGCUGCAUGUGCUGAACACUCGUUCCCUUCCGUUGCCUUUUUUCCUGUCUCGUCUGUUUCGGGCAAUACUGCGCUCCUCCUGCCUGUUUUUGACUUGCAUCAUCACCGAUAUUGAUCGAUACAACUUCCCUGCACACGGCCCAACGCUCGCUAUCACGACACCCCCGCCUGGUCGGGCCUCUAUAACACCGCAACCGCAACAAUGAAUGUGAACAAGAAAUUCGGCCGCUUCAAGCAAUGGGCCGGCGAGAAGAUGGGCGGCGAGGCCCGCACCGGCACCUCAGAGGAGUUCAGGGCGCUCGAAAUGGAGAUGGAGCUGCGUCAUGAGGGCAUGGACAAAAUGCAGAAGGCCAUGGGCGUCUACGUCAAGUCUAUCUCGAAGCGCGCAGAGGGCGCCGACAAGGAGAAGCAGCUCCCUGGCGGCCACUUGGGCUCUUCCAUGGUCACCCAUGGCGAAGACUUUGAGUCAGACUCUGAGUUUGGCAACUGUUUGUCUUCUCUCGGUCGCGCGAACGAGCGUCUUGCUCGCGUGCAGGAGACAUAUGCACAGGGCGCUACGUCAUCCUGGUUGGAGGGCCUUGAUCGCGGACUCAUUCAGAUGAAAGAGUACCAGAAUGCACGCAAGAAGCUCGAGACACGCCGACUAGCCUACGACACCUCCCUCGCCAAGAUGCAGAAGUCGAAGAAGGAAGACUUCCGCAUGGAAGAGGAGCUUCGAGCACAGAAGGCCAAAUACGAGGAGACCAGCGAAGACGUCUUCCGCAGGAUGCAGGACAUCAAGGAGGCGGAGGUCGACCUGGUGCAGGACCUAUCGGCUUUUCUGGAAGCAGAGCUAAGCUACUACGACCGCUGCCGCGAGAUCUUGAUCAACGUCAAGCGCGAGUGGCCAGUCAGAGAGACAGCACCCAGUCGCACUACGCGCUCGCGCUCGAACACAGCCCACGGAUAUGCAGAACGCUUCAACCCAGUCGAAGAAGAGCCUGAGCCGUCGCCUCCGCGUAUGACCAUUCCGAAGUUGGCUUCCCGCAGCCGCUCUCCAGCCCCUGAUAUGGCCGGCUCUCCCGGAGGUUAUGCUCUACGUCCCGCCCUCAGCCGUACUUCGACACAUGACAGUUAUGCCAACGGUCGUGACGACUCCCCUGCUCGACGAUUGACACGCGUCCCGACCGAUUCUUCCGUUAUUUCAAGCCGAAACAAUCUGCGCCCGGUCCGCCAGCAGAACGCGUUCGCUGACGAUUACGAGGAUGACGAAUACACCGGUUCUGGCAGCAACUACAGGCGCGACAGAUCACCACCCAGCCCUGAUCGAUCUUCUCAGGGUAGUGGCAAUGUCAUGUCGCGAGCAGCGAGCUGGUCUCAAAACGAUAGCGGUGCUGCACCCGGCGGAAAACGGGCACCUCCUCCACCUCCUUCGAGGGCGAAGAAGCCACCACCACCUCCUCCUCCGAUGAAGCGAAGUGCGUUGAGUGAAUCCACAGUGACACAAUACUAGCACAGCAUAUUUAUCUCUUUUCUUUGCUGUUGCUAACAUUUUGUUUGUAUAGGGCCCAUGUCCGUGUCCGGCAGAGUCGUCACUUGGUAAAACCGAUUCGGCAGCGAAUGGCGGAAAAUUGGCUCUGGAUAAGACUGCGCUGCAGUCUAGGCGCAACAGGCGUUGCAUUUCAUUUGUUCGUAAGACCACUUGUCUUUCAUAUCACACGGCGUUCUGGGAGCGAUCAUUGCGCAAAGAGGGCACAUGUAGUAAACUUCCAAAACACAACAUUAUACCAACUUUC